AUGGACCCGGCGAACUGCGACUGUAAACUGGAGUUGAAUCCCGAUAUCACAGGUAUUGGGGUCCGGGCAGCGCUUUACAUCCAAAUUAUGCUGGGUUGGUUUAUGUCCUUGAAAUGGCCCGGGACGUUCGGCAAAAACUCCCGGACGGCGUACAUGACAGCAACGGCGCUUUUGAUAGCCUCGUUUAUUGAAUUGGAGACCCAGGAGCUCAGCCUACUAGACGGGCUGGUCGUAUCCCUCAUCACGACCAUGAUGAUUAUCUUUGCAGUUGCCUCGUACUCGUACAAACCCGGGGACGACAAGUCCAGUGAAGAGGAGGGUGCUGACGACCGACCGUCCCUCACCCGUUGGUUCAUGCAACUAUGUUUUGUCGUCUUCUGGGGGGCGUGGGGGUUCCACAUGUGGCGUGACCCUGCUCAUUUCGGCCUAAAGGGCGAUGCCGCCGACUGCCUUACCAACUACAACAUCACAUUGCAGUUAUUCAAAGAAGUACAUCCUACGGAUCCAAGCGUUCGAAAUGCGGCCCUCGCUCUGACAGCGAUAGGAUUCGCCAUAGCCAUUCUUUCGUUGUUCUUUACACUAGAGCAAUGCCUAUCUGUCAUUUUCUGGCCGUUCAAAAAAUUUUACAAGAGAGAUGAACAGUCCCAAGACUUGGUUGGUACUAAAGCACCGAUGACCCAGCAUAAAUACAGCGAUACUCUUACACAAAGCAUCCAUGUCGUCCUUCAAGCUAUCGCCAUUAGUACAUACAUAUUUUUGAUUUACGCGACCGAACAAACCAUCAACAAGAACGACUUCGACGGUGAAUCCAGAGAUUGGUCGUACGGCCAAACGAUCGCACUCAUCCUCCUGCUCCAGCAAAUCAUGGAUUUGUGCUCUGAAAUCACUGAUGAUAGGGGGAAGGAACAAGAAAAGGAACAACGCAUGAGGCACCAGAAUGGAGAGGACAGCGAUCUUCCUGGUAAUAGUAUCCCGAUUCAACUAGCUCACCAACCUCCCGGUCAAAAUGACCCGGCUACGCCUUCGGCCUCCGACAAGUGA